ACUUUCUGUCCGCACUUCCGCAGCAACGUGCUAGCUGAGUUCCUUUAGUACCGGCUGAGCUUUAGAAGACUUCAGAUAUGAUUAGCGCCAGGGUGAGCGCAGUUGUUGCCGGGGUGUGCGGAGCCCUGUUCAUUGCAUACUGCAUUUAUUUCGACAGGAAACGGCGGAGUGACCCUCUCUUCAAGGAAAAGCUGCGGGAACGCAGAAGAAGACACAAGGCAUCUAGUGAGAAGUCUGGACUGACUAAGCUGCCUGAUUUAAAGGAUCCAGAGGCUGUUCAGAAUUUCUUCCUGGAAGAAAUCCAGCUGGGAGAGGAGCUUUUGUCACAAGGUGAAUUUGAAAAAGGUGUGGACCACCUGACCAAUGCGAUCGCAGUGUGUGGUCAACCUCAGCAGCUGCUUCAGGUGCUCCAGCAGACUCUGCCGCCUCCAGUCUUCCAGAUGCUGCUGACCAAACUGCCCAGCAUUAGCCAGCGAAUCGUCAGCUCUCAUUCUUUAACAGAAGAUGAUGUUGAAUAACUGUCAAAAUGUAUGAAAUGAAAACCUAUUAAUAUUCCAUUACGGGAUUUGGAACACUGAGAUUUAUGCACCAUUUGGUACAUUCGACAGCAUCUGCGUUGAGUCUGAUUAUUACGGAGCUCACGCUUUUGGACACAAGCGACAAUGACCUUUGAAAGCUUGAACAAAUCUGAAAUGUUAAAUGCAUUCCACUCCUCUUGUCCUGUCCUCAUUUGUGUUUUCUAGCUGUUAAUUUGUGUCUCACAUGCACUACUGUAUAUUUUGAGGGCUUGCUGGUGUAUAAAUAGAAGUGUGUGUGUGUGUGUCUGUAGAUUUUUCCUUACAUAUUGCUGCACUGCACAUGUGAAAUAUAAAUGUCUACACUAUGAUCAAUUCUCAUUUGUGCAAUAUUGUCUGCCAAUUUUUCUGGAGCAUUUGAUGUCCAUUAAAUGUUAUUUUUAUA